AACACAGUGUGUGUCAAGUGGCAUGAGUGGUUUGAGCUAUGACUAAAAGAAACCAAGCAAAAGAUAAACCAAAAAAUAAUACAUGGAGACACAUUCUUUCAAUACUGUGUGAAACAGCUACAAUAAACUGAUAAUGCAAUAUCCCAACUGUCAAGGCCAUUCUUUGCUAUCUCACAUUAGUGUUUCUGCCUGCAGACUGCGCUCAGACCCAGACAGCUGCAGACUCAGCCGCGCAUAUCUGUGAGAAUAAGGGAAGUCACAGACCAUAAUCAGUUUUCCACUACUAAUUGGCGUUUGUCUUUGUAGAAAAAGCCUGGAAAUAGACAGUUCUCUGCUUUGUGGUGUAUUUCGUGUGAAGCGUUGGUUGCACGCUGCGACCAUGGUGUCCUGCGCUCUCCUCAUCCUGAGUCCGUUGUGGAUCCACGGUCUGAUUGAAACCUGCGGGGCAGAGGAGCUGUCCAGGGAGGCGGUAUUGUCCUGGUUCAGAGAGCGGGUUCUGGACGGCCUCGGGCUGGAGGAGCCUCCCGUGACCUCGCUGCAGCGCUUCGAUGGGGACGCGGCACAGCCACCAACCAGGCACAUGCAUCAGAGGGCGCUGAGGACCAGCAGGACGGCAUGGGUCAACCGCCGACCCGGCCCGGCCCAGGAAACCUCUCAGAUCAUUCUCUUCCCCAGCUUUGACUCCUCCUGCGACAGGUCUGACUCAGCUCCCGCAGCGGCCGCCACAAAUCACUUCACGUACUACUUCCAGCCUUCCGUGAACAACCACGAGACCACGGCCACGUCUGCCCACUUCUGGUUCUACGCGGGCAAAGACGCCUCUGCGAACACGUCCGCCCCGCUGUUCAUCCUCACGCCGGCGCAGCCGCGUCUCCAGGCGGCGGAGGCCCCGUGGAAGAGGAGCGCGGACGGAUGGGCCACCUAUCGGCUGGACCGCGCUCUGCUGUCCUCCCUGGACAAAAGCCCCUUCCUGCUCCAGGUGCGCUGCCUGGCCUGCCGGUGCCGCCCCAGCGAGCCGGACAAGAUGCCCUUCCUGCACGUGCACGCUCAGCCCGCGCGCGGCUCUGCGCGCUCCCGCCGCCACGCGCCCGUGACCAUCCCCUGGUCUCCCUCCGCCAUCGACCUGCUGCAGCGGCCCUCCGUGGACAGGCCGCGUCACAGCGACUGCCACCGCGCGCAGAUCGAGAUCAGCUUCGAGGAGCUGGGCUGGGACAACUGGAUCGUCCACCCCAAGGUCCUGACGUUCCACUACUGCCACGGGAACUGCUCGGCGUGGGAUCGGACGGCGUCCAUGCUGGGGAUCACCCAGUGCUGCGCUCCGGUGCCAGGCACCAUGAAGUCGCUGAGGAUCACCACGACGUCCGACGGCGGGUACUCGUUCAAGUACGAGAUCCUGCCCAACAUCAUCCCCGAAGAGUGCACGUGUAUUUGAACAUGUAAAGGGCCAGCUUAGUAAAUGGCAACGCUUUGUGCAUGCUUGUGAUGGAUAGAUUUUUUAUGCUCCGGUUCUAAAAUUUUAUACUUUGACGGGAAGUAGCUAUUGUUUUCCAGUUCUCUACAGACAAAUUGGCGACACUGUUUCGUUGUUUUACUAAUUGCUUCAGGAAUAACAUGCAAUACGAAAGAACAAAUAGCGGAGUGUUGAAACAAAAGCCAGUGCGUGACAAUAAAGCUGUGACUUCUGUACUGUGAAUUUAA